UCCCAUCCUUGCCCAGCUGGUGUGGUGCUCGUGUUUCCGCACCUCUUCGCGGAGAGUCGCUGCCGAGUGGGCGCUCGGUGUUCGGGUCGUCAUGGCUGGUUACGAAUACGUGAGCCCGGAGCAGCUGGCUGGCUUUGAUAAGUACAAGUUCACUGAGGAUGGCUUGUUUUUCUAACUCCUGUAAUGCUUAAAUGUGAAGAACUUUGAAUAAGAAUUUGCCCAGCGCAUAAGGGAAAGUUGGAGAAGAUGUUCCGGAGAGACUGAUGGGGGAACCGAAGCACAGAGACCAGGAAGACCAUGUGACUAGCCUGGAAGAUUGGAAUGCCAUUGCUAAAGAACUCUGCUCCAGGAGCGGCUGGUGGGGUACAUUUUGGCAACAAUGGAUUCUACCCCUGGAAAGACUUAAGGCACCUAAACAUAAUUGAGCCAUGAGUCCUGUCAGCAAGGACCUCUGACCUCAGUCUCGUACCCCAGUGCUGCAUCGGACACUGAGCUUCAUUGUUGCAGGGGGAGAAAAGAGAGAGUUGACUCUUUUCUUUCUUUCUCUUGUUUUAAGACAGUACAGUGCUGUGGAUACCAAUCCACUCUCUCUGUAUAUCAUGCAUCCAUUUUGGAACACUAUAGUAAAGGUAUUUCCUCCUUGGCUGGCUCCAAAUCUGAUAACCUUCUCUGGCUUUCUGCUGGUUGUAUUCAACUUUCUACUUAUGGCAUACUUUGAUCCUGACUUUUAUGCUUCAGCACCAGGUUACAAGCAUGUCCCUGAUUGGGUUUGGAUUGUAGUGGGCAUCCUCAACUUCAUAGCCUACACUCUAGAUGGUGUGGAUGGAAAGCAAGCCCGGAGAACCAAUUCCAGCACCCCUUUAGGGGAGCUUUUUGACCAUGGCCUGGAUAGUUGGUCAUGUGUUUACUUUGUUGUGACUGUGUAUUCCAUCUUUGGACGAGGACCAUCUGGUGUCAGUGUUUUUGUUCUUUAUCUCCUGCUAUGGGUAGUUUUGUUUUCUUUCAUCCUGUCCCACUGGGAAAAAUAUAACACAGGGAUUCUUUUCCUGCCGUGGGGAUAUGACAUUAGCCAAGUGACUAUAUCUUUUGUCUACAUAGUGACUGCGAUUGUGGGAGUUGAGGCCUGGUAUGAACCUUUCCUGUUUAAUUUCUUAUAUAGAGACCUAUUCACUGCAAUGAUUAUUGGUUGUGCGUUAUGUGUGACUCUUCCAAUGAGUUUAUUAAACUUUUUCAGAAGCUAUAAAAAUAACACCUUGAAACACAAUUCAAUCUAUGAAGCUAUGGUUCCCUUUUUUUCUCCAUGUUUGCUAUUCAUUUUGUCUACAGCAUGGAUCCUUCAGUCGCCUUCAGAUAUUUUAGAGUUGCAUCCUAGAGUAUUCUACUUUAUGGUUGGAACAGCCUUUGCCAACAUCACAUGUCAGCUGAUUGUUUGUCAAAUGAGCAGCACCCGGUGCCCAACUUUGAAUUGGUUCCUGGUUCCUCUUUUCUUGGUUGUCCUGGUGGUAAACUUAGGAGUACCCUCUUACGUUGAGAGCAUUCUCCUGUAUACUUUAACAGCUGUUUUCACUCUGGCCCACAUCCAUUAUGGAGUACAAGUGGUAAAGCAGCUGAGCAGCCAUUUUCAGAUUUAUCCCUUCUCAUUGAGGAAACCAAACUCGGAUUGACUAGGAAUGGAAGAAAAGAAUAGUGGCCUGUAAUCUACAGAAAAAAGUACUGUAAAUAAGAUGCUUGUAAAUAUUUCAUCCAUCACCAUUGAACUAAACUGAUCUGCUUAACAGACCUGGGAACUCAAGUGUGUAUAGUACUUGGAUAGUGGGAGUGAUACAAAUGAUCUGAACUUAUGGAAUUUUGGACCUACUAACUCCCAACUUAUUUUAUUUUUUAUAAAACCAUGUGGCAUUUUGGUUAAGCAUAAUGUACUUUAGACCAGCAAAAUGUUUCUAGUGAUUUUAGCUUCAUGAGUCUAUAAUGUUUUGGUUCAUACAGAGUUAAAGAUGCUUUGUUUUUAUUUUUAAAGUCCCCACAUUGGUUUAGGAACACUGAUAACAUUAAGAAAACCACAAAAUGUUUUCAUAUUUGGUACUACUUUAGUAGUAGGUCUUCAGCAGUGGAAGUUAUCAAUAGCCCAAAUCUAAUAUAGGGAAAAUAUAAGAGCAAGUCACCUUUAGCAAGAGAUGCCAAAUGAUUACAGAACUAUAAUGUACAAUUGCCAAAUACUGGUUUCUCUUUCCCAUGGAAAUGCCUUUUUUCCUCAUGUGCUAAGAGAGCUAGUAUAUAUAUUUAGAUUCUCUAGUAUUCUGGCUCUCUUUGUUUGGGAGAGAUCUUGAUAAAUGAUUUAAUUUUCUUUUAAAGAAAAAUAUUCGACUGAGACUUAGCAGAGAGUGGAUCAUAAUUGUAGCUCACCCACUGACAUGGUUCAUUGUUUAAAUAUGGCAUUUCCCCCCUUAGCUGCAAGUUGCUGAGAUUUGGUGCCUGUGAACUAUGAUUAUAUGAAUGCAUGUGACAGUCGCAGUCUUACGAUAAUUACUUGUAGGGAACACAGGUAAACUUCCUUGUAAGAGAAAUUUACUUUGGAGCUAGAAAUCUCAUGAGCCUCACUAUGAAUUCCUGCUAUGAACCUCACUACAAAAUUCGUUUUCUGAUUCAGUUUGCCCUUCCUUCCUUCCCUCCUUCCCUCCCUCCUUUCUUUGUUUCUUUCUUCCUUCCGUCCGUCCGUCUAUCCAUCCGUCCAUCCGUCUCUUUUUUAUGGAGGAGAGAGUGCUGUGUUUUUUAUUUCAUACAAGAUAAAGAAGUAGAAAUUCUUUCUUCCCUAACUUGCCCACUUCCCCACCUGAAGAAAGUUUCUGAUAUAUAUGCCUUACUGAGUACCUACUCUCUUUAAUAUGACUUGGAAUAAUUUUUGAGGUUUACUGACAAACAUAAAAAUCCCUUUGACUUCAAUGUGGUUGUUUUAUAGAUCACACCUUUUCAUGAAUGUGGAUACUUUAUCUUUUUGACUUUGUCUCCAUUUAGUUUGGUGGUGGUGAAAUUUACUUGCUGAUUUUCUUUUAUUUUCCACUGAAUGAGGUUUGUGCUCGAAUGAAGAGUGUAUCUUAAACCCUUUUUUGUUUGGACGGAUUGCACUUGGAUAAAAUAGGCACCACUGUGUUGAUAUGUAAUUAAAUUCUUAACCGUUAUUUAUCUAUGAAUGUGACCAUCGUUAAAUUUAAUUAUAGUGUAUUCCUUUUUGAAUUUCAGUCUCCUGCUUUGUAAAAAUAACUAUGUAAUAUUUCAGUUUUUAAAUUUGUAAAUCCUAAUCAUUGUUAUCCAGGUUAUUAGAAAUGAGGAGUCAAGGAGCUAACUCAUGGUUCUGUACUCAUUUUUAAAAACGGUUCAUAAAGAUUGAGGUAUAUUCUGUGACUUUUUCUGAGACUGAACAUGGUGAGAAAUCGAUGCUGGAAAAUGUGGGUAGUGAUUCUGUGUUUGUUAAUAAGUUGCCAUCAUGGAGGUCAGAGAAUGAACAAAUUAAGGGUAACUCAUUUUGUAGACCUUGUUCUUUGUCAUCUGUAAAAUUGAACUGGAUCAAGUGGUAGUUUGGGCUGGGAACAAAGCUUUGUUUGUUCUAAGGUUUCUGAGCUAAUCAUUUUACCUUUUUGUUGAUCUUGUACACAAGAAUGAGAUUAAUCUGUAUUAUAUAAGAAAAGAACUGAGAAAUGUUUAUAAAAUGACAAAUUUGAGCCACAGGCUUUCUUCACCUUAUACAGUAUAGUUAAAAAAAAAAAAAAAAACCCUUCUGGCAUAGGGUCAUGUUCUGUACUUUUGGGACUAUUUUACAUCAAAGUGUCUUUCUGUUCUUUUUCUGUUGCAUCAAGUUUAUUUGAAAUUGUUUUAUGCCUGUACUUCAUGACCUAUUUCCCUAUGGGGUAAAGAAUUAUGCCAUAGUUUUAUUGACACCAUUAGAUGAAAGGUGGCUGUCAACAAGGUGAAAGUGAAACUGAGUGAUGAACUGUUUCAGAAUACUGUGGACUUGUGAAUCUUCAGUGGACUGCUUUUUUUUUUUUGGUUUAGUCUGCCAUCUUGAAAUGCAUCUUGAAAGCCUCCAUUUGUCGUGUAGUGAUAUAGCAGCUGAAGCAGGACUUACUUGCAAAUAGCUCUGUGCAUUUGUGUCGUGCCAAUUACCAUAACAUUUCCAAAGUAUAAAAGAUAUUUCAGGCUUAUGCAUGAUAUUUUGGGGUGAGUCUACCACUCCAGCCUUUCUCCCAGCAUACACUGAGCUGCCUUCAGGGGAGCAAUGGCAUGGUUGGUCAUACAUGCAUGUUUUCUGUACAUUUCAGAAUGGAGUGCCUUAGCCAGGCCAGAUGUUUGCUUUGUGUUUCUGCUGACCAAAGUUAACCUAGACCUGUGAGAAGUUUCUUGUCAGGUUAUGGUAUGAAAAAUGUCCUUUCAUGCUUGUCAGAAAUUAAUUCCCCUAUAUUUGAGGGGGGCAUGGGAUAGAAGAAUCCUUAAAAUACCUGGGUAGAGUAUCUGCCUUUUCUGAUCCUUUACUGACAUUCAUGAUCUUUAGUGCAUUACACAGUUUAAGAUUGUCACAGUUGAGGGCGCCUGGGUGGCUCAGUUGUUAAGCAACUGCCUUCGGCUCGGGUCAUGGUCCCAGGGUCCUGGGAUCGAGCCCCGCAUCGGGCUCCCUGCUCCGCGGGAAGCCUGCUUCUCCCUCUCCCACUCCCCCUGCUUGUGUUCCCUCUCUCGCUGUCAAAUAAAUAAAAUCUUAAAAAAAAAAAAAAAAAGAUUGUCAUAGUUGACACUGCCAUUGCUCCAUUUAUACAUAAGAGAUGUAGUUCAUGAGUUUUAGUCUCAAGGGUAAUAGAGUGAAUAACUUCCAGAUGAAAAACUAAAUGGUCCUUGGCCUUUUAAUAAUAUCAUGCUUAAAAUAUUUUAAAUUCUAAUUUAAAAAAGUCUCCAUGCUGAUUGUGGUCUAGAAUGUUCUACCAAUAUUUCAUUUAUUUUAAUAUAGAGGUAUGGGGAAGAGGAGUAUAUGUCUAGAGUUGUCCAAAUUCUAAAUAGGUACCAAGAGAGCAUUAAUUAUGACCUGGAGUCUGGGCUUUGGGGGAAUAUGGAAAAGAAAAAGCAGGCAUAAGGUCCACCGAAGGGGAGAGGAAAGGGUCACCUUAAUGCACAGGGCCUGUUGUGCCCAGUGGUCCUAGUGCAGUGCAGAGUUUAAAAUUGUUGUUCCUUCAGUAACUUCAAAUUCAAAUGUGAAUUUGAAAAGUUCCCAAGUGUUCAGUUUUCAAAGAAUUUACUUUGUAAUCAGUCAAAAAACAUUUGGAAUAUAACUUGCUUUCCAAAGUAGACUUUGAUUCUAUAGCCUGUGGAAAAUAAAAAGAUAAACUGAAGGUGUUUGAGUCAAAGGGCCCUUUUCCCCUUUGUAUUUUAACUAGAAGCCUGUGUGUAACUCCUCCUUUUCACUAUUCACCCGGCCUCCCUUUUGACUUGCUACACCUGGGACAGAGGCGCCCACUUGCUUUAUAGUGCCUGGGUCUGCCACAUUCCAAUCUCCUGGAUUGCCUUAGAUCUCUUGACGUGUCAAGGACUGGGACCGUGCCAGAGGGAACAGAGUAAACCCGAUGGGCUAGAACUUUUGACUUUGGGUCCCCAGAAAGCCAAAAACAAAUACAGAAAUCUUUGGUUGUUGUGUUGAUUCCUGUUUUCAGAGUGGCCUUUAUCUUUUUUUUUUUAAAGAUUUUAUUUAUUUUUUUGACAGAGAGAGACAUAGCGAGAGCAGGAACACAAGCAGGGGGAGUGGGAGAGGGAGAAGCAGGCUUCCCGCCGAGCAGGGAGCCCGAUGUGGGACUCGAUCCCAGGACCCUGGGAUCAUGACCUGAGCCGAAGGCAGACGCUUAACGACUGAGCCACCCAGGCGCCCCAGAGUGGCCUUUAUCUUGACCUCGGUUCUGGACUUGAUUGAGUACUCUAGGAGAUUUCUGGUCAUAUUAGGAUUUUCUUUGUCCUGUGUGGUGUCCUUGUAAGAGCAUGCCCUUUCUUGAACACCCUGUGGGUGAAUAACCUUCCUAGUUAGCUGCCAGUACUGGAACCUUCCAGAAGGAAUUUUAAUUUGCUGCAUUUGAAGCACUUUGACAUGUACAUUUUAAGUGACAGUUUUAACAGUAAAACGGUGUUAAACUAAUCACUGUGAAACUUGAAAGUGUGAUGCUCUGUACAUUUUAGGAAGCUUAAGUAAAUUUCUGGUUUUUCCUUUGUUAAUUAUGUAACCCAGGUGAUUUGCAUAUUUUACUUUUCAUCUUUGACAGUGGCACAGAUGACUGACAUUUUGGCAGGCAGUUACAUUAGGGUAUAUGGUAAAUCAUGGUUGUGUAGCUUUUCCAGAGAAAGUGGCGACAUGUUGACUUCUUCCUUGUGUGGAACCAUGGGAGUGGGAUUUAUUGGCUAAUUCACUGCAGUGUUUUUACAGUGCAAAAUAAACGUCCACAUGCUAGUAAUACGCUUUGCUCUUUAAUAAACAAAUGUGCAAGAGAUAGUAAUCUAGCUGAUUUUGGGGGGGGGGGUUGUUUUUAAGCAGGGACCCGCUCUUUAGUCAGAUCUUAAAUGAGCUAAUAUUUAGGGAAGCAAAAGAUGUUCUGCCAUCUGUAGCCCUCUCAACAGGUGGCCUGUAUGAGGAAGUUGUGUUAUAUUUGGUCAGAAAGGCCAGGGUCCCAGAAUUGGAAAAUGGUACAUGGACUGAUUUUAGAAUUUUUUUUUUUUAAAGAUUUUAUUUAUUUAUUUGAGAGAGAGAAUGAGAUAGAACAUGAGAGUGGGGAGGGUCAGAGGGAGAAGCAGACUCCCUGCUGAGCAGGGAGCCAGAUGCGGGACUCGAUCCUGGGACUCCAGGAUCAUGACCUGAGCUGAAGGCAGUCGCUUAACCAACUGAGCCACCCAGGCGCCCCGAUUUUAGAAUAUUUUAACAAGGGCUUAUCUCUAUAGGAAAGUCCAUUUGGACGUAACAGAAGGAUUGUCUGGUCUUCUACAGACCCAUUCACAUUGUUUUACUCUUCACAGAAUCAUUUUAGGAAAGGUAGGCUAAAUCAGAGUGGUGCUGUUUUUAAAGCUUGUGAAUUGGAUCAUGGCCGUAUGGUACCUAAUGCUACAUGGAACUUAGAGACAGCAUUCAAGAUACCAGGAGUGGGGAAGCCUGGCUUGCUCAGUCCGUAGAGUAUGCAACUCUUGUUCUCAGGGUUGUGUGUUCAAGCCCCAUGUUCGGUGUCAAGAUUACUUAAAAAAAUAAAAUCUUAAAAAAAGAAAAAAAACCCCGAAAAACCAGGAAUGGCUAAAUGCUGGGGAUGCCUUAUGGUUCUUUGGCUAAAGUCUUCUCUUGAGCAGUUUCUAUGGGUAAUAAUUAAGAUUAGAAUUGAUUUUGUUUUUUUAUUAAAACAUACACAAUUUGCCAUGAGUUCUAGAUUCUGAUAUUCUUGACAAGCACUUUUUAUCUCCAAAGAGUAAGUUAUUGACCUUACUUGGGACCUGCUUAGUAUUUGAUGUUAUUAACCCGUUAUGGGGGGAAUUUUCAUUUUGCAAGACCUGUGAAUGUUGCAUUUUAAAUCUGUUUGAAUUACUGGUAUCAUUUAGCAUCAAACUCUAACAGCUGCUAAUUAAAACUACCCACAAUAUUAACAUUGUAAGUUAUUUUGUUUAGCUAACUUACCCUAUUAGCUUUCAAGAGACAAAGUCCCAGCGACAUGUAAUGACUUGCUUGUUCCAAAAUGUGCCAAGAGAGCAGACUUCAGUAUUAAACUCCAAAUU